AUGGCCGACGACCGAGGCCCUCAGAUGAUGGGCGUCAUUGUGGCGCUCUUUGUCACCUCCAUAAUAAGCGGCGCCCUCCGGUUCUACACCCACGGCGUCAUCAUCAAACGGUUCUUCGCUGAAGACUACCUGACGGUCGUCGCAUUGGCCUCGCAGUUGCUCUACACGGCCUACACGACGGUGGGCAUUCUCGGAGUGACGCAUGGGCUGGGCAAGCACAAUGUCGACGUGCCGCCCGAGGACCGGCCCACGGCGAUUCUGUACAGAUGGCUCGCGUCGCUCUUUUACAUUGUGAUAUCGCUGCUGACCAAGUGGAUCGUGGGCUUGUUUCUCCUGCGCAUCUGCCCGCACAGGCGCUGGCGGCAAAUCACAAUCUGGACCAUCCUGGCCUCCGUCACCGUCUUCAGCAUCAUGUUCUUCUUCUUCGCCUUCUUCGCCUGCCAGCCGGUCCAGUACCAGUGGACGCGAUACAACCCCGUCCCGGCAACCGGCACGUGCAACGCGACCGCCUUUGCAACCGUGACGACGUACAUUGCCGCCGUGCUCAACAUCAUCGCCGACUGGGUGCUGCCGGCCCUGCCCGCCUCGCUGGUGUGGAAGUCGCAGAUCGAGCCGCCAGUCAAGGCGUCCAUUAUCGCGCUGCUCUGCCUCGGCUCCACGGCCUCCAUUGCCACCAUUGUGCGCAUACCGUACGCGGACGGUAUUCUGAACAGCCCAGACUACCUGUACACGUUUACCGACCUGGGCAUCUGGAGCACCGUGGAGAUUGGAGUGGCCCUGACGGCCUCGAACCUGGCCACGCUGAAGCCGUUGAUGCGCAAGCUGCGCAUCUUCAGCAGCAUGUCGGGGAUAACGCAGUAUGGCUCCAGGAGCCGGCAGCCCACGGGCGGUGCCAACGGCGCCUCGGCGAGGACCGCUCCCAGCCGGUCAAAGUCGUUCAUCAGCGGCAAUCAUCAAGUCGUGAUUACGGGGGCCGCCUCCUCGCGCGACUCACGGGGUCCCAGGUGGAAUCGCAAGGAAUCGAUGGAGCUGGAGCUGGUCGACAGACGGGAGGAGCAGGGGACAAGCAGCGAGAGCAAGAGUGACUUUGAAAAGAGCCGGGACGAUAGUCACAGCGGGGACAGGCCGGCCUGGCAGAAUGUUUGA